UGGACCGGAAAGAGAGUUUGAAGGGAAGGAUUUGUAAAACGGGCAUGAGUGUUUCUCUGUUGUGAUGGCGGGUCUUGGUGUGCGAGAUCCGGCGGUGGAUAGAUCCCUGCGAUCUGUAUUCGUGGGAAACAUACCAUAUGAAGCCACAGAGGAACAGCUAAAGGAUAUCUUCUCUGAAGUGGGGCCUGUUGUCAGUUUUAGGCUUGUGUAUGAUAGAGAGACUGGGAAACCUAAGGGCUAUGGCUUCUGUGAGUACCAGGACCAGGAAACUGCGCUGAGUGCCAUGCGCAACCUAAAUGGCCGGGAAUUUAGUGGAAGAGCUCUAAGGGUGGACAAUGCAGCAAGCGAGAAAAACAAGGAAGAACUAAAAAGUCUGGGAACAGGUGCCCCAAUUAUAGAGUCCCCAUAUGGUGAUCCAGUGUCCCCUGAGGAUGCACCAGAAUCUAUCAGCAGAGCUGUGGCCAGUCUACCUCCAGAACAGAUGUUUGAGCUUAUGAAACAGAUGAAGCUGUGUGUGCAGAACAGUCCUCAGGAGGCUCGAAAUAUGUUAUUGCAGAAUCCUCAGUUAGCCUAUGCCCUGCUACAGGCUCAAGUAGUUAUGAGGAUUGUAGAUCCAGAAAUUGCUGUGAAAAUAUUGCACCGUCCCACAAUUGUCCCCCCUUUGGUGCCUGGUAGUCAACAAGUUCAAGGACCUAAUGUACCCCAUAAUCCACAGAAUGUCCCCGGUGGCCCACCGCAACCAGUGGGUGCAAUGCACGUGAAUGGAGCUCCCCCUAUGAUGCAGUCAAUGCCUAUGCAGGGUGGUGUUCCUACACCCAUGGGGAAUCCCGGACAAGGAUCUGUCCUACAAGGAGUUUUACAGCCACAGGUUGGAAUGCCACCAGGAGGAGCCAUGCCUUUGGAGAGAUCUCAAGGGAGCCUACAACACUCUCCUGUGCCCACUCCAGUGCCUGCUCCAAUAGAGCGAGUACCAGUUCCAAUUUCUGACCCCCGAGGCCCGGUUCAACGAGGCCCUCCAGCACCCAAUGUCCCACCACGUGGGCUUCUUGGAGAUGGCCCCAAUGACCCACGUGGAGGAACUCUUCUCACAGUAACAAGUGAUGAACAGCCUCCAAGUCGUGGAUACAUGGUACCCCCUAUUCAGAGUGGUCCUCAUCUACACCAUGAGCGAGGCCCGCCACCCCAUGAUAUUAGAGGACCAAUGGGAGAACCACCACGGUCCAUGAUUGGAGAUGCCAGAGUUGGACCUAUAAUAGAUCCCAGAGGGCCCCCCAUGGAUGCACGAGGUGGUAGAGAUCCCAGAGGAAUGGAGCCUCGACCGAUGGAAGCCAGAGGGCCUGUUCCUGGCCCAGCUCCCAGAGGUCCUAUGCCUGGGAUGCAAGGCCCAGGAUCUGUAGGACCUCAGCCACCAAGACAGGUUCCUGGUAUUCAAGCACCAACCCAAGGGGGAUUCAGCCCUGGACAGAACCAAGUCACACCCCAGGACCAUGAGAAGGCUGCACUUAUAAUGCAGGUUCUGCAACUAACUCCAGAUCAAAUUGCAAUGCUACCACCAGAGCAAAGACAGAGCAUUCUUAUUUUAAAAGAACAGAUCCAGAAGUCUACUGGUGCUCCGUAAUGGUCAGUGCCACGCAGGAGCCAUUCCUCCAGUUUCCCCUGAUUUGCAAAUUGAUAUCAAACAAGAAAAAUCCUACUGUUAUGUGUUGUAUUUGGCAAAGUUCAAUGUUCUAAAUAAACUUCAUGAUUU